AUGGCGACUGGGACUCGUGUUGAGGACGGUGGCUGGCUGGAUGAAGACGAUGGUAUGAAGUACGGACGUGUGGAAGAAGAUGGUAUGCAGGAUAAAGAACGUUUUGCCAGAGAGAACCACUGCGAGAUUGAGCGACGACGGCGGAACAAGAUGACCGCGUACAUCACGGAACUAUCAGACAUGGUGCCGACUUGCUCGGCGCUGGCCAGGAAGCCUGACAAACUUACAAUACUCCGGAUGGCUGUUGCUCAUAUGAAGGCCUUGCGAGGGAAUAAGAAGUUCCGUGGACCGGCGCCGGUCCGCGGACCAGGGGUGGGGGGACACUGCAGUUCACCAGUUGUGCAUUCAUCUCCAGAGGAGAUAGCAUGUCCCAUUUACCAUGUGAUUCCCUGGUUGGUAGGGAAGGUGAAUUAA